CUCUUUGACGUCAGGGUUUCUGCACCAAAGACUGGCGUCUGAUAACCUGUUCGCUGGGUUAAAGAGGAUCUGAGAGCAGCAAGCGAGCGAAAUCCCCCUUUCAGCUGCAAUCAGCCAUCUGGUCCUCGAGUCGCUCCCAUCCCCUUAAUAGCAGUAGCAGCAGCAGCAGCAUUCCUGGUCCCGGGGCGCUUCCUUGCAGCAUCCUACCAUGUCUGUGGCCGGGCUGAAGAAGCAGUUCCACAAAGCCACCCAGAAAGUGAGUGAGAAGGUUGGAGGUGCAGAAGGAACUAAGCUAGAUGAUGACUUCAAAGAAAUGGAGAGGAAAGUAGAUGUCACCAGCAGGGCUGUGAUGGAAAUAAUGACGAAGACAGUAGAAUAUCUUCAGCCCAACCCAGCUUCCAGAGCUAAACUCAACAUGAUCAACACAAUGUCAAAAAUUCGAGGGCAGGAAAAAGGACCCGGCUACCCACAGGCUGAGGCCUUAUUGGCAGAAGCUAUGCUGAAGUUCGGAAGAGAACUCGGAGAUGAAUGCAACUUUGGCCCAGCCUUGGGUGAUGUUGGGGAAGCGAUGAGAGAACUUUCUGAAGUCAAAGAUUCUUUGGACAUUGAAGUGAAGCAGAACUUCAUAGAUCCCCUGCAGAAUCUCCAUGAUAAAGAUCUGAGAGAAAUACAGCACCACUUGAAGAAAAUGGAAGGUCGACGCCUGGACUUCGAUUACAAAAAGAAAAGACAAGGCAGGCUCCCUGAUGAGGAGCUACGCCAAGCUCUGGAGAAAUUUGAUGAAUCCAAAGAAAUAGCUGAGUCAAGCAUGUAUAACCUUCUGGAGAUGGAUAUUGAACAAGUGAGUCAGCUUUCUGCUCUUGUAGAAGCCCAGCUGAAGUACCACAGACAGGCAACUCAGAUCCUACAGCAAGUUACUGCCAAGUUGGAAGAGAGAAUAAAAGAAGCGUCAACUCAGCCCAGAAGAGAAUACCAGCCAAAACCCCGCAUGAAUCUGGAUUUUUCCAGUGGUGACAAUACCCAGUACAAUGGAGGGAUAUCCCAGACCAGCACCCCUAAACCAACAGGUAAGAGGAAUGAGGAGGGAGAAUGUAGUCUUGUCUGUCUGAAUCUUUUGCUAUGA